AUGGGUGUCCAUGGGUUGACGACCUACCUUCGUGAAAACAGACGAGCCCUUUCACGAACGGUACAAUGCUCCUCAAAUGACCCCAAUCCCAUUUGCGUGGUGGUGGACGCCUGGUCACUCAUAUAUGUACUGCAUCAGAGAUGUAACCUGCCGUGGAUCUACGGCGGGGAGUAUGCCGAGUUUGUAAAGGUUGUUACCGACGUUGUACAAGCAUGGAUCAGUGCUGGCCUCCGGAUAUCAUUUGUCUUCGAUGGCCCUUACCCGGAGCUAAAGCAUGCCACGCUUGUUUCCCGUGCAUCCAAAUCCAUUAUUGAACCCUCAUUACUCUUCUUCCGGACCUCCCAAGCAUCUCGAAUAUCACCCCGAUUUCUCAAGGAGGCGCAAAUCAUACCACCAUUGUAUUAUUUAGCAACUCUACAUGCACUUGAGCAACUUUGUGCAUCCACCAGCUCCCUGGACAGUGUGAUCCUUAUGCCUGUCGAACUUGCCGGACGACUUGGUGGAUAUGUCCUCGGGAACGAUUCAGAUUUUGUGGUGUUGAACUCGGACGGAUAUCUUGGGUAUAUACCACUAGAUGAGAUGGUAUGGACCGCCCUGAUUCCUGAUCAAGUUGCAGAUGUCGUUGACGACGACGAUUUUCAACAAGUCCGUAAACCCAAGAGCAGGACUCGAGCUGCCAAAGCAGCACCGGCUCUUGGAAAGGGAAUCAUGCCCCCCGAAAAUGCUACGCAGAUGACUUUAUCGUUCUCGGUGUACAGUCCAUCUGUCCUGGCUGAUCAUCUCAAAUUACCCGUCACUCUUCUUCCACUUUUGGGGUCCCUUGUAGGGAAUGACUUUACGAACCAUGACUUGACGACACGUCAGAAUAUGCAUGCUAUGUUCUUUGAACGGCAACUCACGCCGGUCCAGCGGAUCGACCGUGUCGCAGCAACCAUACAGUCUAUUCUUGCUCCCAGUUCCAAUCGAAGGAAAGCGAAACAUCAAGUGGGCAGUGUCAUGGACUUGAUUGACCGAACGGUCAAUUCUCUCAUGACGCGAAAUAACUACAGCAUCGCUUCUGGGCAAAUUGAUGAUGUUGUUGACAAAAUUGCGGAAGGCGCACUGCAGUAUGCCAUUCCAAAGUAUGAAGGCGAGCAUCAGGGGCAAAAGGGACUUUGGCCUACGAGAAUAUGUGCCCUUCAUGAUCCCGAUACCUGUCCUCUCCUUCCUUCAUUCUCCAGGCUACUGGAAGUCGCGGCUCGAGAUGUUAGCGACGAGGAAGACGAAGACAACGAUGAGUUGGCAAUGCGAAUCCAGAUUCGAACUCGAUACCUGGAUGCGUAUCGCAAGGGCCAUAUUCCCCCACUUGUGAUGAAUUGCUUGACAACGUCAACUUACUGGCCUCGCCAGUUCCUUGAAAGUCCAGAUUUGCAAACCGUUUCGCUGUUGGGGAGGGCAAUACGAAUGUGGGGAUACGCCAUAUUGGAUGAUGCACUGGGCUUGCCAGAAGAACAGCCGGAGUCAGAAAGUCCUGUAGAACAACCUGACGACGAAGACGAGUUAGUUGACGUCGUUGAUGACGCAGACGGUGACCUCCUAGCGCCUCUACGAGGUGCACUACAGAGUCUACGUGGUUCUGACGCUUCCAGUAUGGAUCAGGCUGUUAAUGAAUUCUUUCGGCUCCCAUCCUUCGCAGAUCUCCUGGCAUCGAUCUCUACUCCUGAGCGCAAUCUGGCUGAUUCACCAGUACCUUUGGUUUUGCAGUCACAGGAAGAGCGGCUUUCAGUCAUGCUCCGAGCGUUGGACUCUGACAUCUCAGUGGCCCUGGUGCUGAGCGAGCGGGCGGCAGACCAGAACAAAAAUCGGGAAUCAGAACGCUGGACGCAGCGAGAAGCGCGCUGCUUUUUGGCAUCUUUUUCGCGGGACGGUGACAUAGUCCCGGCGCAGUCUAAUCAGAUGCCCCCUAUUGUCGAUCGCCAUGUCCAGCUUGUUGCCCAAGUUCUCCACAUCAUGGAAUGCGUCGAUCAUUUAGCGAACAUCCUUUUGCUUCACGACGCGGUGGCAUCUCCGGCCUGCCUAUUUUCGGGCAGAGCCUUCCAUUCCUAUUUGUCGGGAACCAGUGCGUUUCCCAAUAUACCGACAGCUCUUUUGGCGGUGUGCGAAUUCGGUCUAGAGGGUGCCUUUGUAGAGGAACGUAAGAAGAAAACCAAAAAGGUGAAAGGUACCGCUACGCGAAUCCCUCCUGUGAAGACAGCUAAAGGAGUAGGGCUCUUUGCGAUGCUGGGAGACUUGGAGACAUAG